AUGCCGCGAAAGACAGUCCUCGUUAUUGGCGCCAAUGGCUAUAUUGGUGCAGCUGUCUGCCGUGCAUUUGUUCGAGCGGGCUACAUUGUGUUUGGUCUGGUGCGCCGUCAAGAAGCCGCAGGAACGCUCGCUCUCAAUGAAACCAUUCCCAUAGUUGGAGAAAUCACCGACGCCGAGGGCAUUCAGGCGGCCUUGACUUCUUAUAGCAAGACCUUUGAUGUCAUUGUUGGAUGCAUAGAGCCUCCUGACUAUGAAACCUACAUCAAGCAUGCUAUAGCAGCGAUACGGCUUAUUGCCAAAGUCAGCAACGCUCAUCAAGUGCGUCCUCUUGUCUUGUGGAGUUCUGGGUGCAAGGACUAUGGCACCACCGAUGUUGAUGGUGCACCGGGACUGCGCCCACAUACCGAGACGUCACCUUUGAACCCCCCAGGUCUUAUGGUUGCUCGAGCAAACUGCUCAGUGAAAAUGCUGGAGCAGACAGACUUGUUCGAUGCGGCUGUACUCCGUCCAACGAACGUCUAUGGUCACAGCAGCAGUUACUUUGGAGUCAUAUUUGAGUUUGCAGCUGCCAUCGCUGCGACGGGCACAAAAGUUUUAACGCUGAGGAAUAUCAACCCGAAUUCUAUCAUGCACGCUCUGCACGUUGACGAUUGCGCCGAGGCUUAUCUGGCACUUGCUGAACAUGAGGACCGCUCCGCCGUCGCGGGACAGUGCUAUAACAUCUCAGCUGCCAAAUAUGAGACUGCAGGACAAGUACUCAAAGCUGUGGCCAAAGAGUACGGCUUCUCUGAAGGCUCAAAAUUUGAGUCUGGAGUCGAUACCACUCCUGCAGAUGAGAGUUUGGCCCCGAUAUUCGGCUUCAGCCAGUGGGUCGGAAGUGAAAAGAUCCGGGGCUUGACUGGAUGGUCGGAUCGCCAAGCCCUGUUUACUGAGAAUUUGGGCGUCUAUCGUAGAUCAUACGAUGCUGCAGUUGCUUCGAAGCAUGAGGACUUGUCCAGAGUGCAGUCGCGCGUAAAGUCUUGGCAGGGCAAGGUCUUGUGGAAGGCUUGA